AGGCCAUUGGAUCUCACCCCUGGUGCUAAUUUCAGAUCUGAUCAUCGACCAAACUGGCUCUCGUCGUCUACGGCGCCGUUGCCACUUGGGUUUAUAGUCUCAAGUGACUGAGCUCCGUAUCAUGUCCGGCCUCUCGAGAGAAGGUUUCUCCUUUAUCUCUCCAGAAGAGCUUCUUUACUAGCAAAGACAAGAACACCCACAAGUUCCAGAUUCAACCAUGGACCCAAAGGAUAUAACAUUUCGAUUGCUAGAAGAAAUUACAGAUGGGUUUUCUGAGGAGCGAAAAGUUGGUCAAGGUGCAUAUGGAACAGUUUAUAAGGGAGAGUUUAAAAAUGGAGAUGAGAUUGCAGUGAAGAUGCUUCAUAAUGAUACGCUAGGAUUUGAUGAUAAGCAAUUCGAGAAUGAAUUUCAGAACCUCAUGAGGCUUGAGCAUCCAAAUAUUGUACGGUUAGUUGCCUACUGCUACGAAACACAACAUAAAUAUGCAGAGUACAGAGGAAGGAUUGUUUUUGCUGCAAUAAUACAUAGAGCUCUCUGCUUCGAGUAUCUGCAUGGUGGAAGUCUUGAAAACCAUCUUUCUGAUGAAUUUCAUGGUCUUGACUGGCCGACAAGGUUCAAAAUUAUUAAAGGGACAUGUGAGGGUUUAAAAUAUCUUCACGAGGGACUGAAGCCACCUAUUUACCAUUUGGAUCUAAAACCUGGAAAUAUAUUGCUAGACAAGAACAUGGUGCCAAAACUUGCAGACUUUGGAUUGUCCAAGCUCUUCACCGAUGAGAAAACAAGGAUCACACAAACUCCAGUUGGGACAGUUGGAUAUCUGCCACCAGAAUACAUAGAGAGGAAUGUACUGUCAAACAAGCUAGACAUAUUCAGCUUGGGUGUUGUAAUGCUAAAUGUAAUUGCAGGACCUAGAGGGCGCUCCAGAAGUGCUGAAAUGUCUUCCCAAGAAUUUACUGAUCUAGUACUAGGAAAUUGGACGAUCAGGCUACAGGCAGCAUGGAAUGGUUUCUCACUGGAAGCGUAUCGCCAACAGGUGAAGACAUGCACUGAGAUAGCUCUGAAGUGUGUGGAGACUGAUAGGCACAAAAGACCUAAUAUUUUGGAUGUCAUCAAUGAGAUUAAUGAGACAGAAACUAUGACUGGCAAGCUGCCAAUAAGCCAUGGCCUGGAUCCGGACCAGUUCGUCAGCGAUAACCGCGAGAAGCAAAGCUCAUACAGCAACGAGUUUGCCUCCCUUGAGAGCAGGCUGGCGAGCCAUCUGAACUUAACUGACACCCAUGGAAACCAAGAAGCCAACAGUUAUUGUUUCAGAGAGAAAGAGGAGGACAGACAGAUCAUUCCAAUGGAAAAUCCUGAUGUUCCCGUAGAUGUGCAUCCCACUGAGCCAUGGAUUUUGACAGGCAAUAUCGUUGGUUCAGUUGACGUCUUGAACUGUGAUACACAAGAAAUGACCAACCUUCUUCAAGGCUCGUAUGCACCAAGAGCUAGCGCAGCCAAGCUCAUCGCGCGAGAGCAAUGGUUUGUGGUUGGAUAUAAUGAUGGCUUCAUAAGGGUGUACACAUACAAGUCCCCUGUACAGCAAGUGAAGAGAUUCAAGGCUCAUUCAUGGAACAUCACCUGUCUGGAUGUUCAUCCAACUGAGCCUUAUGUGCUGUCAGUUGGCUCCUUUGAUCCAAUCAAGAUGUGGGACUGGAACAGGUGCUGGGAGUGCAUCAGGAUGUUUGACAUGCAAGGCUUUGUAGCACAUGGAAUCAAGUUUAACCCACAUGACACAUAUAGAUUUGUGGUUGCUUCCAUGAUGAAUACACAGGUUUGGAAUUUCCGUUCUUCCCGUCGUGAAUUCACAUUGCUUGGGCACGGAGCUGCAGUGAGCUGUUUUGAUUUCUUCACCCGUGGCAAUCACCAAUACAUAAUAACUGGUUCUUUGGACAAAACGGCCAGGAUUUGGGACUGCAGAAGCAGGACUUGUGUUCAAACACUCAUAGGACAUAUGGAUUGCGUUACCUGUGUUUGUUCCCAUCCAGAUCUACCAAUCCUACUUACAGGUUCAGCUGAUGAGACAGUUCGUUUGUGGAACUCCAAUACUUUCAAGCUUGAGGGUGUACUGGACUUUGAGCUCGGAAAAGUUGCAGCUAUAGUUUGUUUGAAGGGUUCAAAACGGGUUGCAAUUGGACAUCAAGCUGGAUUAGUAAUUACUGAAAUUCGCCACGAACAACCUGGUCCAAGCAACAGGUGAGGAUUUUCAAACUAUUGGUGUCAAGGCAAGCUGGACUGGAGGCAGAUAAUGGUACUACACUUCAGGAAAAACAUAAUUCAGAUGACCAAUUAACAGUAGCGAAGACAUGCAACUGGGAUGGCAAUGGGGAAAAAACUGUAAUCUGAUGUAGUUGAUAUCUAUGUAUCAUCACCCUGCACAUUCUUACUACUGUGUUUAGUUGUCUACUCAGUUCUCACCUUUCUCCAAAAUUUACAUUAAUUUAAAUCUCUUGACGAGAUCAACAUUUUAGGGGUUGCAUAACACUGUUGUAAUGAGAAGAGAUUAUUGUAAUGGCAUCUUACUGUGUAUCCAUAAGGAGAUUGUUGUAACUUGUUGGAAAUGAGGAUAGAAUAAUGGUUAUGUCAAUGGGUCAUCAUUAAUGGCAAGGAUGAAUGU